CUUUGCACUACCCCCAAAGUUAGUAAAAAGUUCUUUUUUAGGACUGUAGCCCCUCCCCAUUGGCUCCUGUGCUGCAGAUCAUUGGUCUGGAGACCACAAGGAAGCUGCAUUGGUAACUUUAUUGAUUGAACAUCAGCAACAGUUGCCAGCAGAGCUCACUCACACUCACACUCACACCAUGGCUAGUGCAAGGCAUAGGAAUAAAGGCAACUCUGCAGAGAACAAUGCCCAGGCUGCAACUGGCAAUGACGUGGCAAAGAAGAACCCCAAACCCCAGAAAGGAGGGUCAUCAUCAUCAUCAUCAUCUGGGAAAGCUGGGUUCUUCAGCAAGCUAUUGACUUUCCUAUUCUAUGUAGUAGUGAUAGCUGUGGCUGCUGGCACUGGCUGGCUGGUGUAUAAUGUCCUGGAAGAAGUCUCAUUGAUCAGCAGCAAACUGAGCCACUUAUCAAGCCAGAAGGGAGAACUGGCAGAAACUGUGAACACCCUCCAAAAGCAGGUUGAUAUACUUGAAAAAACAGCUGGACGAGUAGAAUUUAUCUCAAAAGACAUUCAAGAAAAGCAACAAAGACACGACACUUCUAUCAAGAAUUGCGAAAAGGAACUAGAUAUUGUUGGUGUCAUCCUAAAAAAGCUGCAGAAGGAUCUAUCGGGUAUCCUCCAAGAUGUAAAACUCCAAGGUGACCUGGAUCUCGAUCUCUUCGACAAAACCAUGCGGGAAAAGUUUACAGAGUUAAAUAAUUCAAUUAAUGAAGAUCUGUCAGAGCUUUCCGAGGUUCAGAAGUCAAGCCAGGAGGAGAUUAACAAUGUGAAGGCCAAAAUAGCUUCUUUAGGAGACUUAAAUGCGCUCAACGAAGAUGUGAAGGCUUUAAAAGAUCUCGUCUCUCAACUACAAUCCUCACUUAAGUCUAAGGAGGAGUCUGUAGACUGGUUAAUGAACAACGCCUUAAAUGUGGAAUCCGUUACGGCCAACAGUAACGAAAUCGAGCUUCUCAAGAGGGAACAAGAGAACGUAAAGAAAGAUGUGGAAGAUCAAAAGGUGGCAGUCAAUAGUCUGGUGGAGAAGAUUUUGUCCAAUGAAGAUUCCAGCCUGAAAGGAGAACUGGACAGAGUCCUCAAGGAAUUCGAACAAAUUUCUUCUUCUGUCAAAGAGUUGGAAGGAAAUUAUAUCUCUGCCAACGAUGAUUUACUUAAAGAUAUUGAGACAAACAGAGACGGCUUUGAGCAGAGACUAAAUCCUCUCGAAAUGAAAGUGAAGGAGUUGAGUAGUGAAACGUCUUUGAAGACCAGUGUUGAGGAAUACAAUAGAAGACUAAAUGCCGUAGAAGAGGCCAUCGUUGGCUUGAAGCACCAUUCAUCUGAUGGUCAAGGAAGCCCUGAAGUAUCUGCGAAACUGUCAACUCUAAAAGAAGCUCAACAAGCCUUAUCCGAGGAAGUAGACAAGCUGAGAUCUUCCAUUGCAGCCCUACCGAUCACUGACUUUGAGAAUUUACAAGUCGAGGUGACAAGCCAGAUUCAGGAGCUAAAAGUAGACUUUGAGCAAUUGAAGAGUAACGUUGGGUCUUCCGAGCCGACACCCAACGCCGAUGGUUUAAGUUCCUCCAUUAAAAAACUGGAGUCGGACUUGAAGAUGAUGAGGGAGGCCGUGGACAGUUUGGUGGCUUAUUCUGUGAAAAUAGAAAACCACGAUAAUGAUUUGAAAUCUGUUAAAGAUUCCGUGGAGGAUCUUAAAGAAAGUACUGAUAAACUCUUAGUCAAAUUUGAACAGAUUCAAGAGAGUGUAUAACUGAGCCAAGCCUGAGCAGAAGACCAAUGUAGGGAUGUCAAAUUAGUUCUCAAUGUGUUCUCAUUAAAAUGUGUGGGUUUUUUUUCUGUACUUUUUUAUUUCUUUAUUUAA